GUGUGGAUUUAAACGGCAGCAGGUCGGAGUCCCGUCAGUGUGAGCAGCAGCAGCAGCAGCAGCAUGGCCUCCAACACUGACACCAUGGCGAACCUCCCCAGCGGGAUCGGAAUAUGCACAACUAUCCCCGACAUCCUGUACCUGCCGGAGCUGAUCUUCGGCGGUCUGGUGUGGAUCCUGGUGGCGAGCACGCUGGUGGUGCCAGCCAACCCUCAGGGCUGGGUCAUGUUUGUGUCGGUCUUCUGCUUCGUCGUGACGUUUAUCUGGAUGGUGGUGUUUGCCUGUGGAGGGCAUCACAACAAGGGCAGCUGGGCGGCAGCAGACUUUGCGUAUCACGGCAUCGCCGCGUUCUUCUACCUCAGUGCUUCAGUGGCCUUAGCCAAAGUCACCCUGGACAUAAGAGAAGAAACUCCAUUCCUGAACUACCAGCUGGACAUCUCUGCUGUGGUUUUCUCCUACGUGACGACUCUGCUCUACUUCGUCCACACCAUCCUGUCUGCCAUCCGCUGGAAAUCCUUCUAGGACAGAACCACGUUUUUGUCCUGGGACAUUAGGCCCUGGCAUGUUGGGGGGGGGGGGGGGGGGGGGCAUGUGUUGAACGGACAUCUGCCAGGAACCGGAGCCAGGAACCGACUUCUACUGAAUCGUUGUUAGAGUUUAAAUGGGAAACGAAAGGAAAUCCUCAACAAUUCUACAGGUGAUGUAGAAGAACCACAGACUGAAUAAAGGUAUAUUCAUACAGUCUAUAGACUUUAUACAUAUAUAUUGAUACGUGUAUAUUUGUAUGUAUACCUGUAAUACAUUAAAUUUAUACAGUCUAUGGAUUUUAUACAGAUAUAUUUUAUGGUCAGAACUCACAAGAAUCAGAUGUAGAAGGUUGAAACGUUUACAAUGUGUUUUAUUUUAAAAUGAGAGAAAUGUUUGUUGUAAAAAGAUGUUCUGUAUAAACUGGUACAUGAUAGAAAUGAUGAAUAGCAGAAAAGUUAAUAAGUUUCAAACACUGAUCAGAUCGGAUCUUCUAAACUGAACCAGCUGGUUUUCUUUUCUAAAAGUUUCCUAAAUGUUCCUCCGGUGAGUCCAGACGUAUUUUAGGAUGUUUUUAUUUUUACUGAUCCUCCAGAUCAGCGCUGCUCUUCCUCUGGUUUUACUCUUGUUUUAUUAUCAGAUGACUAAAGAGAAGACUCUGGUGUGGCUCAUUUUAUAUUUUUAUAAAUUUAUUAACACUGUCAAACUGACAUAAAUCCCACACACUGAGGAGGAGGAGGAGGAGGAGGAGGAGAUGUAGUUCUUCUAUUCUGAUUAUUUUGUAAUGUCGUCUUUAUAAGAGCCAGGGUAUAUUUUGUAAUUAUUAUGAUUUUAUUUUAGUGAAACUAAUGAUUAAAUGUGUUUGUUUUGAA